AGUUUCUUCUCAUCAUCAAUUCAUUACUCACUUUUCAGUUCUCAACUUCUCUAACAAUGGCUUCAUUUUCUCUCUUCUUCUUCUUCUUCCUCUUCACCACAUUGCUACUAUCUUUUUCUUCUGCUAACGCGCGACUCACCUUGGAUUUCUACAAUGACACGUGUCCACAGUUCAGCCAGAUCAUUAGGGACACAGUAACCAGCAAGCAGAUCGCCAGCCCCACCACCGCCGCCGCCACCCUCCGCCUCUUCCUCCACGACUGCCUCCUCCCCAACGGCUGCGACGCCUCCAUCCUCCUCUCCUCCACCGCCUUCUCCAAGGCCGAGCGCGACGCCGACAUCAACCUCUCCCUCCCCGGCGACGCCUUCGACCUCGUCGUCCGUGCCAAGACCGCCCUCGAGCUCUCCUGCCCCAACACCGUCUCCUGCUCCGACAUCCUCUCCGCCGCCACCCGCGACCUCCUCACCAUGCUCGGCGGCCCCUUCUUCCCCGUCUUCCUCGGCCGCCGCGACGGCCGAACCUCCCUCGCCUCCGCCGUAUCCUCCCACCUCCCCACCCCCUCCAUGCCCAUCUCUCAAAUCACCCAACUCUUCGCCAAACGCGGCUUCACCGUCGAAGAAUUCGUCGCCCUCAGUGGGGCCCACACCGUCGGAUUCUCUCACUGCUCCGAGUUCGUCACGAACCUCUCCAACAACACUUCCUCCUCCUACAACCCUCGCUACGCUCAGGGGCUUCAAAAGGCUUGUGCAGAUUACAAAACUAACCCUACCUUAUCAGUCUUCAACGACAUCAUGACGCCGAACAAGUUCGACAAUGCUUACUUCCAGAACCUUCCCAAGGGUUUGGGUGUGUUGAAAUCUGACCAUGGUUUGUAUGGUGACCCUUCUACGAGACCCUUUGUGGAGACCUUUGCUAAGGAUCAAAAUAGAUUCUUUCAGGUUUUUGCUAGGGCGAUGCACAAGUUGAGUCUCUUGAAUGUGCAGACUGGGAGGAAAGGAGAGAUCAGGCGCAGGUGUGAUCAGAUUAAUUGAAUUUUCUUUUUUGUUGUCUGAAUUUGAUAAUGAGAUGAGAUUUUAUAAUUUAUAAUGAUAAUGAGAAUGAUACCUCUGUUGUGCGUGAAUUGGAUGGUUUUUGAGGUUGAUUAUACAUACAUAGUGUUUAUGAGGUUGUAAGAGAAUGGGGGCAUUGGGGUAUUGAGGAGUUACUAUUGUUGUUCUUCGCCCUCUUGUUCUUUGGAUAGAUGAGUCUGAGUAUGUUUUUCCAAUGUAAUAUUAUAAGAUAAGAUUUAAUUAAUAAAAUUUCUCAUUUUGAGCUCCCA